AUGGAACCUUGUAAGCAAAAAUUCGAUAUUGAAAUUGCAAUUUUUCUUGAUACUUUUCUUGAUCAUGUUGAAGCCACUGAUGACAAUGAAAGUAAUAAAUAUAUCGCAUAUCAAGUUAUAGAUUUUAUCUCUAAAGCUGAUGAAUAUACCUAUGUUUACCAUACUUAUAUUGAUAAGCAACAAGAAACUGAACCUCGACUUCCACAAUUUGAAUAUGAGGCUUCUAUUCUUAUUACAAUUAAACAGUCUCAUAAUAAUAAGGAUUUUGUGCAGAUUACCUCUGCUCAAAUAAUUUGGCCUCAAGCACGAAUUCAAUUGUGUUAUUGGCACAUGUUUCGUGCAAUAAAGAAGAAGCUUGCAAGUAAUGGAAUUACUUACCCUAUAUACAAUACAAAAGAGACGCAUAUGACUUGUCCGAUUGUAGAUCCAACCUGGUAG